UUUUCCAACGUAUUACAACUUGAAUGUUUGGUUUUGCUUUUUGGCAGACAACUGGGCCUGAUUGACACGUUGUAUGUGGAGGGCGCCCGACCAGAUCCAGCAAACGAUUUGGACGAAUUACAAAACGAAGCUGACAUCAGCAUCAACGGUGCAUCCGAAGUAGCCACAGUUCCCGUCAAGACAAAGAAGUCACGCAAAUCCAAACAGUUGGCUAUGCAGCCCUUCAGCUAUGUGAUUGCCGUCGACUUUGAGGCCACGUGCUGGGAGAAACAGGCACCGCCACAGUGGCGGGAAGCGGAGAUCAUAGAGUUUCCAGCCGUUCUCGUCAAUCUAAAAACGGGCAAAAUCGAAGCCGAGUUUCACAAGUAUAUUAUGCCCAUUGAAUCGCCGCGCUUGAGCACCUACUGCACGGAGUUAACGGGCAUAGAACAGAAGACUGUGGACACUGGCGUGCCCCUGCAAACAGCGCUGAUGAUGUUCCACGAAUGGCUGCGCAAGGAACUGCGUGCCCGCAGUCUGCUGCUACCCAAGAUGAGCAAGUCAAAUAUACUGGGCAACUGUGCAUUCGUCACAUGGACCGACUGGGACUUUGGCAUCUGUCUGCACAAGGAGUGCACACGCAAGCGCAUGCGCAAGGCUCCCUAUUUUAAUCAGUGGAUCGAUGUGCGUGCCGUUUAUCGCGAGUGGUACAAGUAUCGGCCCUGCAACUUCAGCGAUGCCCUCUCACAUGUGGGCCUAGCCUUUGAGGGACGCGCACAUUCUGGCAUCGAUGAUGCCAAGAAUCUAGGCGCGCUUAUGUGCAAAAUGGUGCGAGAUGGUGCGCUCUUCUCGAUCACCAAGGAUCUGACGCCAUAUCAACAGCUGAAUCCCAAUUGUGUGUUGUGAGCCAGCGACCGAGAGAACUCCCUCCAAGAUAUCUAACGAGAAAAAAUGCACUUAGUUACUGACUUUUAAUAAAUAAUUGAUAUUACGUAGCUGG